AUGCUCACAGCUCUUGACGGGUCCAGCGAGCGGCAAACAUGGGUCAGCACUCUUUCUGUGAAAGAACUUAUUGAGGCUGCAGACAAAUAUCUUAGCAUUCACGACCAACAGGGGCGAUUGCCCAAACCUCUGUCAGCCGGCAGCAGUGGAAUCUGGCACCAGUCUAAGACUAACCAUGAAUUCAAGGACUACAUUCUUACUCAAAUCUAUUACGAGGCUAAUCGGGCCCUCGAUCGCAACACGACACUAGCCAUCCUUUCCUUUACUCCCGUAACUCCUGAGCAUGACAUCUGCAUCGACUUGGGAAAAGAUUCUAUCAGUACGCCUGAUGGUCAGUUGAAGAGCGCAAAAGUCUACCUGACUGCACAGGAAAUCCGCCAAGCGAUCCAGCGUGCUAUUGAUCGACACGGAGAGGCUUUCCCAAAUAAAGAUUUGAAUCUUCGUGUCAUUUUGGUGACACCCUCCGCUCUAACUGGUGGAUGGGUCUGCCGCCCGUGGUUCAUGGGUUCCACUACCUUUUCUCAAGAAGAGGACAAAGAACGUGUGAUGCAAGUUAUUGCGAAGUCAUGCGGCGGAGCCUUUGCUGAUCAGCUUGUCAGACUGUUUGCUGAGGAGGAUGGAGAGGAAAGAAGUCCCCUGUUACCAGAAAGCGAACGAAAAGAGACCCUCGAAGAACACGAUGCAAUGCGAAUCUACGAUCUGCUCGAAUUUCGGUCAUCGAAUAUGCUUCUCGCCCACUUUAUUGCAAAGGCGCUAGGCUUGCCUCGCCGACAAGAACACAGCUGCCGGUUUUGGGGGGAGGUCAAUGUUGAUGACAACUAUUACCCAAAAUUCGCAAAAGCACUGCAUGAUGUUGGCGAUUUCUUUUGUCAUCCAAACCUCCUGCCGGGAGAAAAUCGAAAUGACAACUCUCCCAAGUUCCAUAGACCCCCUCGUUGGUUGUCCGAGACCAUUGCCCUGACCUUCGCUCCGGAGACCUCUCGCGAGGUAGUGAGCACUUUCAUUAAGACAACCGUCGCGCCGCUGUUCGAGUUGAUCAAGGCUACGCAGAAAAGGUUGUUGACGGAGAACGAGGCUGUGACUCGUGCAGGCCAGGCAUGGCUUGCUGCCAUCAGCACCAAUUUGCCAGGUCCGAUCGAACAUGAACCAGCUCAGCAUGAUACUACCCCCGAAGAUAAUGUUCAAGAGGUUCCACACAAUACUCCGGCUGAACAUGUCGUCGAUGAUCAAUCCGGUGAGCAGGUGCAGCCUUCGGCCCUAGGACACCUGGAUGUGUUUGAAGCUGUCGACGAUGGCCAAUCCCAAGAGCCGAUACAACCUUCAACCUUAGGCUAUCUGCAUGCAAUUUUGAAGAAAGCUGCUCAUUUCGUGGCCCAAGAUGCUGAAAAGCUUGGAGCAGACCUAGCAAACUCUAUUCCUUACGAAGUUGGCUUUUACGACCCCUCCGACCUGUUUGGGGAGUCAACGGACUGCAAGGCAGGAGUCAUACUUAUUCGCCCUAUUCCCAAAAAUCCUUUCGAGAACUUGGGUCCCUCUGAAAGCGGAGUCAGCGAGAAUAAUAGCAGGGAAGAAAUGCCAGAGACUACUGAGGUUAAUGAGGUCCCCCAAGAAGAUACCAAGGCCGAUAUUAGGGUUGCGGAUAAUCCCUCUUCAAGACCUCAGCCACAACACCAAUCCGUCGUGAUUGCUCACGGCUCCAACACUCAGCGGUCUGUCCGCUUCAUGAAUGGCCAAGGUUCAAGGUCCAGCGAACAGUACAUGUCGGCAGCCUUCCAGCCAUCUGAUCAGGCCAGUCAGCCUUGGGCGCAUAGGGAUCAGUCAGCGUCCGAAUGGGAGGGGACAUAUGCCUACAAUAACGGCAUUGACCAAACCUAUGCUGGGGAGAAGGUUGGAUUUAUCAUGGAGGUCAAGGCCUGGGGACCAGCAAAGUAG